AUGGCUAUUGCUAUGAUCACAGUACACCAAUCUCCAGUAGAUAUUUGGAUCUGUGGCAGCCCCGUAUCCACAGCGUUCGUGCCCAACUCGGACCUGAUGCUUUUGUUAUUGGUGAGGCAAAUUAUAAGAUUAAAUGUUGAAUAUAUGUUGAUCCACGACGAAGGUGAAUUCAAUUCUGUUUCCUGCGGUGGACGAGCCAACGUUAGCGACACAUUCGGCCAGGCUAUAUGGUUGUUAGACACGAUUCUCUACGCGGCUUCCAUCAAUGUCUCACGUAUGUAUGUGCAUCAAGGUGCUCAUGCACACUACAACCUCUGGUCCACUGUCGAUAACCCGAAUGGCCCCAUUGAAGUGUUUCCGUCAUAUUCGGCUUACCUCUUCGUGACUGAGGCCAUUGGGCGACAGGCCGAUGGAUCGUCAGUUACGACCGCAGGUGGUGAUCUUUCUGCUGGUCAGAUCUCGGUGUACGGUUUCUGGGACGAAAAAUCCGCUAACAGUUACGAUUACCCAACUAAGCUCGCGCUCUUAAACCUUGAGUUAUACAGCCAGACGGAUACGUACCCUCGUCCUGAUACCACGGUCGACAUAUCUGCGUAUUUGCCGAAGAACACCCAAGAAGUAACAGUCAAGUGGUUGACAGCCCCAGGAUCUGAUGUCGUGUCAGCCAGUUUAACGACUUGGGCAGGGCAAACUUUUGCUUCUGGUGUCGCAGAAGGCAACAUUGUAGAGGAAAAAGUGUCAAAUGGACAAGUGGUCGUCAAGGCUUCCUCGGCUGCUUUGGUAUAUUGGAGUGUAGCAUGA